CCGGAAAAUCACUGUAGCAUAAUUAUAGACCCCCUAGCGAAAAACACACUAUCUCUUCAUUUAAAAUGUAUUCAAUCUUCAACUUUGAUAUCUUAUCGCACUACUAACUGCAACCCGUCUUUCUCAUUGUAUUUGGAGCUUUAUCAUAUUAAAAUUUGCAGAUUUCAUACAGUUUGUGUGCUUUCGUCAUUUUCUAGCCUUAUUCGGCCAGAAGAUGAUUCUUUCAUGUUCCCUAUCUAAUUAAAACUUCGGAACUAUACGUAACUUCUCAAAUUAGCAUUAUUAGAGGCAAAGUCAAGCCAUAAGAAGCGAAUUUCAAAAGAAUUUCGCUUCAAAAAUCUAGUAAGUUGUUUUGUUUUGCGAUGGAUUCCUCAGAAAACUCUUGAUUAUGGCCUCCUGUUAACUCAGAAACUAAAACAGAUGGCAUGGUUAAAAAGAGCACAUCUAGUUGUACUUGAAGCCAACGUUUCCAAUGGCAGGUGUACCAAGCAGAAGUAAAAUGUAUCAAACAUCUGCCAUUUUUUAUGUACACUCUGCUGUACACUUGCUCAGAAAAACAAAGUGUACAGUGUACACUUUGCAAAAAAGAUUCACACUUUGAUUCAUGAGCCUUAAAAGCUGUAAAGCACAUACUAUUAAAUUAACAAUUAUCUAUACAUGAUGAUAAAUUGUGACCUCUUACAUUCAAUUGUAUGAUUGGCUAAAUGUAAGUUCCAUUCGUUCUCGAUAUUUGUUUUGUUUACAUGAGAAAAGAGUGAUUCUACUGCUAGUUCAACUCUCUUUUUUUAUUAUAUCCAUACUGUUAUGUUAUUCAUAUGUUUUUUUUGAAUAUUAUUUUAGAUCUAUAAUUUAUGAAUAAAUAUCAGUUGAAAUUAGAUGAAAUUUGGAGUAAGCAUGAACUUUUAUUAGCUCAUAUAUCUUCCAUAGUUGCUAGUGAAAAUGAAUUAUUAUCUUCAGUUCGAUCUUCAUCAUCAUCAUCAUCAUCAUCACAGGUUCAAGUAGAAAAUUCUCCUAGUCCUGGUGAAGUUAAUAUUGCUAAUACAAAUUUAUGCAAUUCAUCUAUUACUGAUGAAGUUCAGGUUGUUAAUAAAAAUUUAUGUUAUUCGGGUUUUACUGAUGAAGCCAAAGCUAUUAAUGAAAAUUUAUGUAAUUUAUGUAUAUCUAUACCUGCAUCUGCUAAUGAAAAUAGGUCAUUAUCUUCAAUUCGAUCUUCAUCAUCAUCACAUGUUCAAGUAGAAAAUUCUCCUGGCACAGUUAAUACUGUUAAUACAAAUUUAUAUAACUCAUGUAUAUCUAUGGCUACAGGUGAAAUUGUAUCAUUGUCUUCAAUUCGAUCUUCAUCAUCAUCACAUGUUCAAGUAGAAAAGUCUCCUGGUAAAGUUAAUAUUGUUAAUACAAAUUUAUAUAACUCAUGUAUAUCUAUGGCUACAGGUGAAGUUGUAUCAUUAUCUUCAGUUCCAUCUCCGUCAUUAUCACAUGUUAAAGUAGGAAAUUUUGCUGAUGAAAUAAAAGUUGCUCAUAAAAGUAGCAACAAUAAGAAUCGUAAAAAUGAAAAUUCAACACCUACUCAAUCCAAACAUCGAACUCAAUAUUUGACUGAAUGGGAGAAGAGACCUGAAGCUCAAUACAAAACUCAUGUUUUCGAUGAAUUCGGUACACUUCAUGAAAGAUCUAUGUGUUGGUUGUACAUGAAGGAAAAUUCAAUGGGAUGUCGCCUUUGUGAGAAGUAUGGUGUACAUGAAGGUGUUAUUGCUAAACUACGUCAUCGUAUAGGUACUGAUUGUUUGGAAUUAAACAGAUGUGUUGCUCAUUCUUUCGCACUUGUUGGUUCACAUGCCUCAUAUGAGUUGAAAACUGAAAGUAAUAAACAACCUGUUUUAGCUGAAUCAGUCGUAAAACUUGAAGAAACAAUUAGUAAAAUCUAUAAUUAUUUUAAUACCAGUCCCGGUCGUCAGUUCAAGUUAAAAUUAUGGCAAAAUUUUUUAGAAAUUCCUGAACUCAAAUUUAAAAGAAUUUUUGAUAUCCGGUGGUCUUCAAUACGUGAUUGUAUUAAACCAAUAAUUGUUAAUAUUCAACCAGGAUCACAAGCAUUAAUUGGAUAUUUACAAGAAGCUAUGUAUGAUUUUACUUUAUCAGCUCUUGAGCGUGAACAUUCAAAAAACUUGUUUAACUUGAUAUUGGACGAUGAAAUUCUUUUGUUAAUACAUAUGCAUUAUGAUCUUCAUGAAUCUAUACUUGGACCAAUUACAAAACUCAUGCAAAACGAUCAACUUUCUUAUUUUAAUCUGAUGGAGAUGAUAAAAGAGAAAAAAAACAUUCUACGUGGUUGGACAUUUCAAUCAACAUCAGCUACAGGUCCUGCAUUAUCUGAUUAUCUUGAAUCGACAAAAAAUGGAUCAUUUGGUGCAUUUAAGGUAAAUCUGGGAGAUCGUAAAAAAAUUUUCAAUAGUUGCCGUGAACAUAUCAACCGAUUGCUUGAAGAAUUAGCUCGACGAUUUCAACCAUCACUUAUUCAAGAAAAUUUAUCCAUACUCUUUGAUCCACAGUAUUUGUUUCAACAUAAGAAAGAUAUAAAUUCAAAUGAAUACGGUCGAUCUGCACUAGAUUUUCUUCGUAAAAAAUAUAAAAACUUUGUCGAUUUCGAUUUUAACUCUGUUCGAAACGAAUGGGAGUCUCUCAAAGCUUCAUUAUAUGAUUAUGUAAAUAGUCUUCCAACUGAUUAUUCAGUGAAAGACUUCUGGAAAAGCUAUAUUUUACAAAAACAGUUGAUGAAUAAUGGUUUUUACUAUGAGUUUAAAAACAUCUUGCUUUUACUCAACGUGUAUUUGAUUUCACCAACAAAUUCAACUGAAUGUGAAAGAGGUUUUUCUGCUAUAAAUCGUAUACAAACCAUAGGAAGGUCUCGUUUGAUGGUGUCAACAUUAGAUUCAUUGAUGACUGUUCGAAUGCUGCUUAAAGAUGAUUUACGAAGUUCUAGAUGUCAACAAGUAGUUUGUAAAGCAUUUGAAUCAUGGAAUGAUCGAGAUCACAAUCGUCGUCUUUAUCAAGUUCAACUUUUAAUUGAUGCAUCUAAUGAUUAUGAACCACAAAAACAAGUACGAUCAGUUGUUAAGAGAAAUUUGUCGUUGUUUGAUCUCGAAAUGAUGCACAAAAAACCAAAAAAACCAAAAGCUAAAUCAAUAAAAUGCGCUAAUGGUUGUAAAACUGAAGUAUCGGGAACUGAUCUAAAGCAGAGUGAUGCUAUUCAAUGUUGCCAUCAAAGCGAACAAUUUGAUUGGAUUGAACAAACAGACAAUUGUUCGCGUUGGCUCUGCAAUAGUUGCAGAAUUAAAUUAAGUAUAGAUAUUGAUUCAUUAUGGUUUUGUUGCGAUCAUGCAGAUAUGCAUGAUGAUGAAGAUGAAACUUGUGGAAAUUGA